GACCGAAUAAUACCGAAAACAGUCGCGUCAUGGGGCGGAGACAACAACUCGACAUGCAAUCAAUGUCAGGAGGCAGCAGUGACACCACUUUGGAACUAAUGCAGCAUAUAAGGGCUGUACCGCUGCGAUGGAACCUUGAGUAUAUCUAUGAUAGUUUCCGACACAAUACCUUCACAGUGACUCUUAUCUCGGUUUCUCGAUCUCGGCCAUCCUAUCUCUUCUCGCUCACAAGACAACAACAUGGCACCGCUUAAGAUCCUCAUAUCUGGAGGUGGUAUUGCAGGCUCCUGUCUUGCCUGGUGGCUGUACAAAGCAAAUGUCGACGCCCAGAUCACAAUCAUUGAGCGCGCACCUGAACCAAGAACAUCAGGCCAAGCAGUGGACAUACGAGGCGCUGCAGUCGAGGUCAUGAAAGCGAUGGGCCUUGAACAGGCGAUACGGGACAAGAACACGACGGAAGUGGGCUUCGAGUUUGUGUACUCAGACGGUGUGUCGAAAGCCAGAAUGGCAGCGACUGGGGACGACAAGAACCAAAGCUUCACGAGCGAGUACGAAAUACUUAGAGCCGAUCUAGCAAACAUCUUUUACGACGCAACAAAAGGCAUGAAAGGCAUCGAGUAUGUUUUCGACGAGACCAUCGAAGACCUCGUGCAAGACUCGCAAGCAGACAAGGUCCAAGUCAAAUUUACAAACCAUCUCCCGCAAGCUUAUUACGAUCUCGUCGUCGGUGCAGACGGCCAGAUCUCGCGGACGCGUCGCCUAGCAUUCGGCCAUGGACCGCAAAACGGCGACUACCUCCACCGCUUAGGCGAGUACAUGGCGUUCUUCACCAUUCCACGAAAUAAAAGUGACAGCCACUGGGCACAGUGGUAUCCGGCGACGCGAGGUCGGAUUCUGUGCACAAGGCCUUCACCCUACAACGACACACGCGUCUUCAUGGGAGUAGUCGACUGGGACCUCAAGCGCUUCAGUGAAAUUCAAGACCUUGUAAAGAGGAGGGAUGAAAAGGGUGCGAAGAAUUGGUUAGCGAGGGAGUUCGAAGGGGCGGGGUGGGAGACGCAAAGGGUCUUGGACAGCAUGAAGACAACGGAUGAUUUCUACAUGCAAGAGAUUGUGCAAGUGAAGAUGGGCGAGGAAGGCUUUGCCAAGGGCAGGAUUGCGCUGCUGGGUGAUGCAGGAUAUUGCCCCUCCCCGCUCUCCGGAAUGGGAACCUCGCUCGCCAUUGUCGGCUCAUACGUACUCGCUGGCGAGAUAGCAAGCUCGCCCUCAGACAUCCCUGCUGCUCUUCAACGUUACGUCACGACCUUGCGGCCAUUCUCAGACCAGUGCCAGCGGCUUAUGCCUGGGAUGCCUCAAGCUUUGUUUCCCCAGAGCGCGUGGGGCUUGAAGCUCGAGGCUAUGCUCGUUACACUUCUUACCUCCCCUACAUGGCAACGAAUUGGACCUUGGGUGAAGAUGCUCCUGCCAAAAGACUUUCAAAGAGACAAGUGGCAACUUCCGAAGCAGUACUCGGGCAUGCCUGUUAGCGUAUAAUCGUAGCUUGAGUAGUCAAUCCCUUUGCACCAUACUGCGUAGAAGGUUGCUCGAGUUGGUCUCGUUCGGAUGUAAUCGUUCCAUGUGGAUUUAUUUGUCUCUUAUCUAGCUAGAUGGUAUGAUCAUCACUCUCCAAGUAG